AUGGCUUUUGCUCCGAGAUACUCGCAACCCCAUUCCACACACCAUGUUCAUGGUACCGCUGGGUCAUAUUCACCACAGCAGAAUCCCGGGGGUGGGGUCAGCGGAGGAUCCCCCCAUAUCCCCAACGCCCCGAUGCAUCAACCGGGAAAUCAACACUCCCCACAGAUGCCCACCACAACCCAUCACCAAUAUUACCCAUCGUACAUGACUGCGAGUAUACCUCAGACUACUCAAUUCUAUAUGCCGUCUUCGGAUAACGGUUUACCACUCAGUAGUCAGAAGUCGAUAGCGUCCCCACGCAUGAACGCGGGUCCGGCAAAGGUAAAAAGGGAAGGAACACAGAAUAGGUCGCCUCAAAUGGCUUCUUCAACCACAAACCAGGUUGGUUCGGGUCAACAGGUUAUCCAGCCUCCGAGCCAGCAGGUCUCUCAACAGGCAAUGCAAAAUGCGGCCCAAUUGUCUCAACGAAGGAUGAGCCAACAACAGGGUCCGACGGGCAGUCCCUCGUUGCAGCACGCCCAGCCAGUCAAUAACACAAGGACAUCCGCGCCUCCACAACCUCCCGCACCCCAACAAACGGCUCCUGCGCCACCUCCUCAAUCGCAACCUCCACCCCCACAACCCGUCCAGCAAUCAGCAAUGCACCCCCCCGUUCAACCCCAUCAGCAAUCUCCCGACCUGGUGCCACCGGAGGAAUCCCCCCUCUAUGUGAAUGCUAAGCAGUUCCACCGAAUAUUAAAGAGAAGAGUCGCUCGGCAAAAGUUGGAGGAGGCCCUAAGACUGACGUCGAAGCAGCGAAAGCCCUACCUCCAUGAGUCACGACACAACCAUGCCAUGAGGCGGCCGAGAGGGCCUGGAGGAAGGUUUUUGACGGCGGAGGAGGUGGCGGAGAUGGAGAAGAAGCAGAGGGAGCAGGGCGGUAAUGGUGCUGGGGAUGGUAAUAGUGGGAACAACGGGCAACCGGCGGCCACGGCGAAGAAUAAGGAGGUGGAUAAGGUCAGCGCUACCCGAACGCCUAACAGGAUGCCGCCGAAUGCGGCGCAUCCCCACAGUGGAGGAGGCAGCAGUGCACCGACAAGUGGGUCAAUGAAGAGGAAAGCUGGGCAGGCGGGGUUGCCAUCCAGUAGCCCCGUGAAGAAGGUUAAAUCUUCAAACCCACGGUCCUCCCACAUGCCCAACAUGAAUAGCGAGAGUGACGAUGAGGAGUUGGGCGAGGAGGACGAUUAGGCGUUGCUUGUCUUCUCGCCACCCCCCUCCCCCGGGGAAUGCUGGAUGGAGGGAAGUAAGGAAGAAUGAUCCAGAGGCAAGAAUGUGCUCACGAACUCAUCGAUGCUACGAUAAUUUGAAUACUUGCGGAAACCUACAACCCUUUACCAAGAACACCAAAAAUACUCCACCGAUCCCACGGAUUUGAUAGUUGUCCUCUCUCAUCCGCUCGCCCGCUUCCCCCUCAUUUCGCAACCUACAACCUCCUCCUCUCAUCAAUCAUCACGAUGACUACGACGACAUGAGAAAUGACUAGGGCAGAAGCUGUUCCCAUUAUGAUUGCCACCUCUUCUGUUCGUCCCUUUUGCAUUGCGUUUGACCUGCUUUUGAGCAUGCACCAUUUCUAAGUUUGAAUGUAUCCAUGGAUACCACUACUGGCUUGGGUUCCUGGUUCAGGAUCGUUUUACUAGUAUUUCUAAUUUCCCAUGGCUUCGUUUCCUUCGGUCGUCUUGUUUGCUUCAUACCUCUUUCCUCGUUAUCACACCAUUGCCUCGUCUGCUCCUCUCCUCUCUGGGCCCUUUCUUCGAAACAUUAGAGCCGCUCCACUUCCCUUGAAAGCCCUCCUCACAUUCAAAAGCAUGGAAAGCACUACGACUACAGAAUGGCUGUUCCGAUAACGAAGUUUUCUUUUGCACAUGGAUUCCCGAUCACGGGAGAUUCGCUGCUCUGGCGGUGUGGGUUUUGUUUUUCAUUUAUUGAUUUAAUCAUUUCUAUGAUACCAAACGACAAGAAACGGGGGAAGAGAAAGAAAAAACGCGAAAAAAACCCCCAUACACACACAGAAAAGCAACCGUUUCUUUUUAACGGGCUAUUUCCUUGCAUUUUUCUAUCACCUUUUCUUUUCGGAAUUGGUUCGAUUCCCUCGAAAUGGGAGGGUCAAGAUUGAGGAGUGCGGGGUGGCGGCAAUUUGGAGCGGGAACACAGAGGGGUUUGCUUUUUUCUCUCUUUUAUUUUCCCUUUCAUAUUACGGCCGGGGGUUCUUUUUCCUUUUUUCCUCUUUUUUCCUCUUUUUUUUCUUUCCUUUUUCCUAUUUGCUUUCCAUCUCUUUCGUUCAUGGUUACCGGUACUUCAAUAGCUGCAUUGGGAGGGUUCACCUUAUAUACACAUUCGCUUUUUCAUCGUUAUACAAUUUGGCCUAUUUUUUUUCUCUAGCUCUUCUCCAUAUAAUUAUCUUGAUCCUUGUUUGCUUUUGUGGUUUCUUCCAGCGGUUUUGCGAGUUUCCUUUUCUUUCCGGGCAUUAUAUCGAUCACAAAAAACAAAGAAUUGGUGAGCGCGAGCGAUUUGGUGUUUUUUGAAUUUAUUCUGUUUUUUUCCGUUCACAUUAUAACCUACCUAUUUAUCUGUCUACUGUGUUUUGUCUGUUUUUAUGCGCUCCUUUUUUUGCUUUGCGUCAACCUUAUCUACCUUACCCACCUAGUAUUAUUAUUAUGGGAAGAAAAAAAAAAUACCUUUUCUGUA